AUGGCUCCUAAGCAAAAAGCUGGGCAAAAGCCGAAGCCCAAUGCGGCAGAGGAAGUGGAAGAGACAUUUCAAGCUGUGGUUCUCGCAGACACCUUCGAAACAAGGUUCGAGCCGUUCACCCGCGACACGCCUCGUUGCCUUUUGCCGCUCGCAAAUACCCCUUUGAUCGAAUACACUCUUGAAUUCCUGGCCAAUGCAGGCGUGGAGGAGGUCUUCCUCUAUGGAGGAGCACACUCAGACCAGUUGGAGAAAUAUAUCAAUGCAUCGAAAUGGAGGGCCCCGUCUUCUCCAUUCAAGCAAUUUACGUUCCUCAAGUCGACUUCUGCCUCUGUUGGUGACGUUAUGCGCGAUCUGGACGGCAAGCACCUCAUUACUGGAGACUUCAUUGUCGUGAGCGGCGACGUGAUCAGUAACCUGCCCAUCGAAGGCGCAUUAGCUCAGCACCGGGCUCGCCGAGCGCUUGACAAGAAUGCGAUCAUGACCAUGGUUCUAAGGGAGGCUGGCCUGCAGCACAGGACUAAGUCCACCUCAGUUUCGCCGAUUUUCGUCAUCGACCCUACCAAGGACCGCUGUCUCCACUACGAGGAAAUCGACCGGCAUCCAGACGGUGAUCAUUUGGCUCGUCUCAAUAUUGACGCCGAAAUUAUUCUCAAACACCCUGAACUGGAUAUCCGCCAAGACUUGAUCGAUUGUAGCAUCGACAUUUGCACUCCGGACGUGCUGAGCUUAUGGUCGGAUAGUUUCGAUUACCAAUCACCACGGAAACACUACCUGUUUGGCGUCUUGAAGGACUAUGAGCUGAACGGCAAGACUCUGCACACAUACAUCAUCAAGGACCACUACGCUGCGCGCGUGCGCAACCUGAAAGCCUAUGACGCGAUAAGCAAAGAUAUUCUCUCGCGCUGGACAUAUCCCUUGUGCCCGGAUACGAACUUGCUCCCUGGUCACACGUACACGCUUCGUAAGGGCAGCAUGUACCAAGAAACCGGUGUAACCCUGGCACGCUCCUGCGUCAUUGGACGCCGCACAGUCAUCGGAAAAGGCACCAGCAUCGGAGACCGUGCAGAAGUCCACAACUCCGUGCUCGGUCGGAACUGCAAAAUUGGCCGCAAUGUCAAGCUGGAUGGUGCCUAUAUUUGGGAUGAUGUUGUGAUCGGUGAUAACACAGACGUCCGUGGGGCGAUUAUCGCUGACGGCGUUGUUCUCGGCAAGAAUUGCGUCGUUGCAGCGGGAGCUCUUCUCUCCUAUGGCGUGAAAAUCGCAGAUAACGUCCAAGUGGAGAGUGGGAAGCGUAUCACGAAAACUCGAAACGAUGGCGGUGUGGGCAAGAACGAUCCCGCAGUCGUUGGCGAAGGAGGUGAGGGCUAUGAAUUCAUUCAUGGCGAGGAAGAUGAAGAUGAUGAUGACGAUGUGAGCGUAGCCUCAUCGGGACUUGUGUACCGCAUGCCCAAUCUCUCACUCUCUUCCGCCUCCAUCUCAACACUGUCAUCUGAGGUCUCGAAUACCUCUUGGGGUGCACGAUCUGAGCGGAGCAGUUUCUCUGCAGACGAAGAUUCAGACAACUUCCACCACGACGCAUCAGUCAGCUUGUUCGACAGUCUACGUGAAGGCGUGGCGGCAGAUGUUGUGCAGCUUGAGCUGGUUACCCUGCGUAUGAGCGCCAACGCCUCGGACAACCAGGUUCGUCGCGCCAUCGUGACAUCUUUCAUGAAGCAUAUCCAGCAGCUCAUGGAGGGUGGCAAGGGUGCCGGUCCAGCAGUCACCCAGGUCUUCACGGCAUACAAAGAAGUUGUUGAGCGUACUCUAUUCGAUCGCAGCAAGGAACAGAAGAACGACCAGGUUGAUCUACUCCUCUCACUCCAGCAGGAUCUUAUUCACCGUAACAAGGGUGAUACCGUCCUUCUAUUCACUGCCAAGUCUCUAUAUGAACUUGAUCUUAUUGAAGAGGAGGCUUACGAUCAAUGGUGGAAUGACGAGCGCUCUAGUAAAACCGAGGAGAUGCGGGCUGUCCGUAGCCAGACCGAGCAAUUUGUUAAUUGGCUGGCCGAAGCAGAGGAGGAAACUAGCGAAGACGAAUCCGAGGAAGAAUCCGAGGAGGAGAGUGACGACGAAAAAAUAUCGAAAAUCGUAAUACCUUUGACCGGUUCCAGCCGCCUUGGCCCAAACAGCCUUGGAGAUCUUACGUUUCCCCACUCCCCUCCAUGUCCGUCACAGGUUUUACCCAGUGACGUGCGGCCCCGAACUCCCCUAAUAUUCCCCCCCCCCUUAAAGGCGGCUGAGGCGAUUGCGGACGAGCCACUGCCAAAAGCCGCCCACGGCUCCCAAAAAGCCACCUCUGCAUCCGACCGACGCCCCCACAACAGCGAGUCAACGCCGACCGGAACUGAAACGACAGAGAGAGAAAGCCCCGUCGGUUCCGGCCUAAAAAGGAGGCUCUCUGCGACCCCCACUACCGCCAGCAUGGACUCCGACGACGAGUUCAUGAGCGAUGUCUCAAGCCAAGAUGAUUUCCUGGGUACCCAAGGCUCUGACGACGAGAGCUUAGGUGAAGAUUUCGAUGAUCUCGACGCCGGAUUUUCGGACGAUAAAGACCUCAUCAAGCAUAAAAAGAAGCCGUACGAAGUCGAAUACAAGGUUCUCGACCCUCACGACAUCGAUCACGAACAGCUUGGCCAGGUCAACGAGGUUUGCGCUAUCCUUGGGCUCCCACCUGAGUCGGUGGCGAUCUUGUUGCGGUACGAACGAUGGAACAAAGAAAAGUUGAUCGAGUCCUACAUGGAGCAACCGGAGGAAACUCUGGAGAAGGCUGGUCUUGGGUCGAACUUCGAAGGCACUGCAAAGACCGAAAUCGUCCCGGGCUUCAUGUGUGACAUCUGCUGCGAGGACGGUGAUGACCUCGAGACCUAUGCCAUGCGGUGUGGUCACCGAUAUUGUGUCGACUGUUAUCGACACUACCUGGGACAGAAAAUCAAAGAGGAAGGGGAGGCUAGCCGAAUCAAGUGUCCAGGCGUUGGUUGCAAUCGUAUCGUAGACUCCAAGUCACUAGAUCUGCUCGUGACAAAGGACCUUCAAGGAAGAUAUCGCGAACUUCUAACUCGGACCUACGUUGAUGAUAAAGAAAACCUAAAAUGGUGUCCAGCACCAAACUGCCAAUAUGCCAUUGACUGUGGGGUAAAAAACCGUGAUCUCCGUCGCAUUGUACCAACGGUGAGAUGCGUUUGUAAGCACGAGUUCUGCUUCGGAUGUUCCCUUAGUGACCACCAACCUGCUCCAUGCACACUGGUCAAAAUGUGGCUACAGAAGUGUGAAGAUGACUCCGAGACAGCCAACUGGAUCUCCGCAAAUACGAAAGAGUGUACCAAGUGUAACUCGACGAUCGAAAAGAACGGAGGCUGUAACCACAUGACUUGCCGCAAGUGCAAAUACGAGUUCUGUUGGAUGUGUAUGGGCCUAUGGUCCGAGCAUGGUACGAGCUGGUACAACUGCAACCGAUACGAAGAAAAGUCAGGCGCAGACGCUCGUAGUGCUCAGGCCAAAUCCCGUUCCUCCUUGGAACGCUACCUGCACUAUUAUAAUCGGUAUGCGAACCAUGAGCAGUCCGCCAAGCUGGACAAGGAUUUGUACCUGAAGACCGAGAAGAAGAUGACUAGCCUUCAGUCACAGUCUGGUUUGUCCUGGAUCGAGGUGCAGUUCCUAGACACCGCAUCGCAUGCUCUGCAGCAGUGCCGGCAGACCUUGAAGUGGACUUACGCAUUUGCAUUCUACCUUGCCCGCAACAACCUGACUGAGAUCUUUGAGGAUAAUCAGAAGGAUCUGGAGAUGGCAGUUGAGAGCCUCAGUGAGAUGUUCGAGAAGCCAGUUGCCGAAUUGGCAGGACUCAAGGUGGAUAUCCUGGACAAGACUGCGUAUUGCAACAAGCGCCGGGUGAUUCUAUUGAGUGACACCGCUGAGAACUUGAAGAAUGGAGAGUGGUCGUUUAACAUUGAGUGGUAA